AAUCAAUAGAACGGUCCAUCAACCCAAACAGUCGGUCAACGCUAUAUAUACGUUUAAAGACAACUCUUUUGCAUCUGGAGGGCGCAAGCCUCCAAUACUAUCAACAUGGCCACCCAGACCGCUGAUCCUCUAGCGGACGAGCUCGCUCUGGGAUGGGGUGAAGACACGAUUUAUUGCGAAGCGACUUGCGACCCUGAAGAUGUCUUGUACGAAGGUUCAGAUGACGAAAACUACGAUAAUCCCAUAUCAAGAAAACUACGUAUCGAAGCAGCCGGUCAACGAUUUCUCGACGGGAAAACACCAGUACUCUUGACCGCAUUACUCAGAGGCCCCUUUGAUGCGAAGUCCUCGAACUGGGUCAACCCUUGGCGUUCAAAGCACCGAACGGCUGCAAAUGCAAGAAUAAUAAGGACGUCGCCCGGGAAAUUGAAAAGGUCCGCCAACGUCAGACGCAAUAUAUCUAUACCAGAAACAGCCCAGCCAGCUAGCGAUAGUCUGGAAUGUCACCUCCCGAGCCCAGAAAGCCUUAACCAAACUUCCGAGACCGAAACACACCCUUAUUUGGAAGAAGAUGAACUCGCCAAGGUCCGAGAAUGGAGAGAUGCCGUGGACACUGAGAAGAAGCCGAAGGACGAGUUUUGGGCAUCGACACCGCAAGGGUCAUUGUCUGAGAGAAAGCGAAAAGCGAAGGGAUCUUCGUGGUUAAAACAUUUGGCGAAUAAGCGACGACGAACUGAUAUCAUGGAAACGGGCUCCAUCGAUACUCCAGUCCCAUCUCGAAACCAACCUUCGACUUCAGCUACGAAUGCGUUCAACACAUCUUUUUCAAGUGUUCCCGAUCGCUUGCCAUCUUCCGCUAUUGCGACAAAGAGAUACUUCUCAACUUCGCAACAUGAACAUCCUACUUCAGAGGACGAACUAUCCCGCGAUAAGGUUACGUUGGAUCGAGCCUCUGCGCCUUCGUCGUCACCUUUAUCCUGUCUGCAGUAUACCCCAGUUCUGGACUCACAUGCGAAUCUAUCAUCACAAGGCAGCACCGACCAACAGACACCAAGCAAGGUCUCAGUUCCUCAACGAGGCUCUGUACCUGGAGCAACUGGUUUGGGAGCUCGAAAUGAAGCUGCUAACAGUCCAACACUUCGCUCAGCUUUUGAGACUCAAGAAGAUGAAAGUUUCUGUUUCAAAAUGCGACCAAAGCUCAAUCAAGAUGUCGAAGCUGCAUCAGAGCAAGACGUCUCCAUGUCCAGAAAUGAGGACACUUGGUCUGGCUUGUCAUCACCCAAUGAUGACAUGGCCAGCACAAUAUCUGAUCUGCAAGAUAGUACACCAGUGGAGGAGGGGCGCAGUCUAAAAGACUCGGAAUCCGCGAUGGAAACUGACCAAAUCGCCAUGACAAGUCCCCUAUCAUCCAUUUCAAGCAAGGAGUUUGGCGGAUACGACAUUUCUGAGGAACCUCACAACCGACCGCAUAGUGCCAGUUGUUCUUCAAUGAUUGACUCCACACCAUCUGAUUCGGAACUCACAAGCUGUCCUAGUCAAGAGUCAGCGGAAGAUGCAAUUGAGGUCAUUGCUGAAGAAACGCCCAGCGAGUGUCAACAAGACACAGAGUCAGAAGAUGAGGACAUGGAUGAGACUGCCGAUGUCACCAGCAGCCUGGCUGUAACUGAAAAUCACGAGGGCAGUGGCACUGCUUCUGUAGAUGAAUCUAGCGAAGAAGAGGAGGAGGAUGGCAAAGCGAAAGCCACUGAAAUCGUAUCCCCAACAACGACAAUCAAUAAAAGGACGCCACAAACCUUGGCAGGACGUCGCGAGGCUGAGACGACGCCAUCAAAAUCCACAGCAUCGAAACUUGGCAAUGACAACUCAACACCUUCUCAUGCUGAUUAUCUCCUUCGGACUUCAAUCAAGAAGAGGUUCAUUCCUCAAAGCUCUUGGGAAAAGUUGGCAAAAUUGACUGGAAGUCCUUCUUAUCAAAACUUGCCCCAAAGAAGAGCAUCUCUUCCAUCGAAGCAAGCCUCCAGCCCUCCCAGUGCUCGACAAAAGACAGCAUCGGUUCAAUCUACUCCCAAGACGACGACGACACGUCGAGCUUUGAGUCUUCCUCGGCUUUCUUUACAGAACGUGAGACCAACUGUUGUCAGUAGUCCAGCCAAGGAGCAACAGCUGGAGCAAGAACAGCGCCAGCCCAACUCACCACAAAACACACAUAUUCCUUUCUCACAGCAGACCCCAUGGGUCGCUAAUAAGCUUUCUCAGUACGCUACACUGAGCCUGGGCAAGAUAUCCACGGACAGCCCUAUGCCGGAGUCAAAGGAAACGAACACUAUCGUGGCUGAAUCCAGCCCUGUGGAACAAACUCCUUGGACAGACGAGAUGGCCGAACUACCUACAAAACCGCUGACCCUGACGCCUGUUGGCGAAAUAGAAGAUCGCUCGGCAGCCGAAGAGUCCAACACACCAGCCGUUGCAUCUCAAGUUGACACGCCACUACAGGAUGCCUCUGCGGCAGCCACAACAGUCAUAGAAUCAACACCCGAGCCUCAAUUCUCUGUCAAGUCAUUCGCAUCCUUCAGAUCAUCUUCCACAGAGCACAGUUCCCGUAGAAGCAAGGGCGCUAUUUGGAGGGGAUCGGGUGCUCGUAUGCUAAGUACGCAAGGCAUUCUGGCUUCCGCAACCAAGAAUCCUUGGGUGGUCAGGAGUUCUGAACGACGAGUCUCCUUCGCACCGCUACCCCUUGAGACCAAGGGAUAUUCAAGUAAUCCAACAACACCCUGCCCAUCUGCGUCUAAGGGACAUCAAGGCUCCCCACCACCUGAUACUCCUAUGUCUGAACUACCAACAUCAGGAGAUGACAAGUUCCAUAAGCACUUCGAUGCUGUGGCACGGGGUCCUAUCAUCCGUCACAAACAGCGCUUGCUGCCAUCGGAAUCACAGCGUACAAUUGGCAGUCCAAUGCCAGAUGCCAUGGCAGAGGCUUUCCUUUCGGCAGACCAGUUGCGUCAAUCGACUCCUGCGGAUCCGACUAAGAGCGAUCGCGAGUCCGACGAGUCGCAAGAUCCUCUCGAUAUGGCGGAGGAUGUUUUCCGCGAGAUGGACCAUGUUUUCGAAUGGAAUCUCAGUGGAACAGAGCCAUCACCUCAAAAGACUCAGGGGCAACAGAGUCCAUGGUGAAAGGAUCACCGGGAACGUUUUACAACUAUUCGAAGACUUCAUCACGGGCUUUGCCCCUAUGGAUAUACUACUUUCACAAAAAGUUUUUUGUUUCUCAUGCAUUAGCAUUCAUACCGAGCGUCGUCGACCUCGAGCGUGUCAGGAGUUUAAAGGAUGAACAGGGAAUGAAAGACACGACAGCCAGACUAUGGGAGUCAUAUAUGGAGGUUCACAUACCACUCAGGCGUAUAACGGGUAGAUACCUCAAGUAGAUUCAACACGAAUUCAAAUUACAU